AUGGCAGUGAACAAAAUGAUUUAUAACCUGUUUUUAUUAUGGAUUAUAACAGAAUACAAUCAAGUGUACACCUGUACCACUAACACAGUGCAAUAUGCAAACAGAGGAGGAAGUGUUGUAUUACAGUUUCAAGCCGUGACUGUGAACCCAAGAUAUGCUACAGUACUUGUUCAUAAUUAUGUCGAUAAACCUAAUGGCAUGCCACUGGUAUCAGUCUUAUACGUAAAUGGAUCUAUAGCAAAGCCAAAUCUAGAUUGCUGGGGUUGCACCUUUGUGGGUGAUACAUCUACAGGAAAUAUUUCAAUGAGACUAGAUAAUCUCCAGGUAGCAAAUGAAGGAACUUAUAAACACGGAACUUCAUCAGAAGCUGUGAAAUGUAUUACUGUUUACAUUUUAGAUGCUGUCAAAACUGUGAAACUUACACCACCUACAAAUUCUAUAAUGGAGGGUGUAGAAUCAUUGUUUACCUGUGAGACAUCGGCAUGUCGCCCAGCUGCAAAUGUGUCAUGGUUUAAGGAGUCAGUUAAUGGACAAAGCCAUGAGAUUACUGAUGUUAUUCCUUGGACAGAAGAGGCUCACGGAGGUCUUGCUAAAUCUAUAAGUUUCUUAGAGUACAUACCUUCAAGAAAUGAUACCGGAGCUAAAUUGUACUGCACAGCGUUAAAUAUACUUGAAAGACCACCGGUGAAAUCAGAUAAAUUUACGCUAAACGUGCAAUAUUCUCCUGAUGGUCCACCGAAAAUCCAUGGCUACGCUGACGGUAACACAUACAAAAUCUUUAAAAGCACUCAAGGCGAACUUUCUUGUUCAAUCAAGGGAGGUAAUCCACUAGCGAUAUUAACAUGGGACUGUUUUAACAAUGGAUCAUCGCCAUUAAGUGUAAAUUCAACAGUUACAAGAACAGUUACCUGGACAGCAUCCCCUGGUCAAGACAGACCAUGUACCUGCCAUGCAUCUCACCCAGUUGUGGGUGAUCAAUCAGUGUCGGUCAUUGUACAAGUUUUAUAUAAGGCUUCAAUUACGUCAUUUGUCGUCGAAGGAUAUACAGAACCACAUGUGUCUGUAACAGUCAACGAGAGUGACAAUUUGCGAUUUAUAUGUUCUGUAGACAGUAACCCGGCCUCAAGUAUUGAAAUACAAUUUGAAGGCAACACACUACAAAGACAGGAUAAUACAAAUAGUCUUGCAUACACCUUUAAUGCCACCUGUCUGGAUGCUGGCAUUUAUAGAUGUUCUUCCGAGAAUCAGUAUAAUUAUGGAAACUUGUCUCUGAUGGAGUUGACACUGUAUGUAAGAUGUUCCCCACGCCCUCUUCGUAAAAGCAGACGGGAAUUCCCAAGUUCUUUGAAUGUUCCAGUGCUAAUGAGAUUUACCGCAUUGGCUUAUCCAGAACCAGGACGAAAUGGAUUCGUCUGGCACAAGGAAAAUGGGUCAACGUGGGUACAAUUACUGAGCAAUACAGACCUGUUGAUAUCGUCAUCAGAAUUGCAGACUGACCUGAUAAUCAAAAAUAUGUCUAAAACAGACUAUGGGCAUUAUCGAGUUACAGUAACGAACGAAAUUGGCAAAUAUGAGCAGCACAUGUUUCUUACAGUGGAGGAUAUUAACAAAGACACAUCUGUCAACAUAACCUUGAACGUUGGUAUUACCCUUGGUAUGCUAUGUGCUGUCCUUUUUGUGUAUGCAAUUAUUGCAACUGUUUUGCUUGUACGGAAAUCAAAAUUUAAAGAAACACAGCGUGGGCAACAAACCACCUUUGUCAACCGAAUCUUCAUACCUGAUGACUUUGCCAGUGCUGGAAGGGGAUACACGCAAAAUAAUACUGAGCCUACCAACGAAGGAUAUGAAGAACCUAUACAUCAGUAUACAGCUCUAGAACGACAUACAAAUGACGACCGAAUGCUGUAUGAUUUGAUUCAACAAACAUAG